AUAUAUGUAUAACAUUGGGGAGAGAGAAAACGCGAAUGUAUAAAAAAAUCAAUAAAGCUGUGGGACAAGAGCAGAAAGAAAAAUAAUAAUAAUAAUUUAUAUUUUUGGAGUAUAACUUGAUUUAUUUUUCUCAUUGAUUAAGAAAAUUAUUAUUAGUUAUAUUUAUUAUAUUAAAAUAAUUAAUAUUUCGAUAUAAAUAAUUACAAGAAAAAAUGGUGUUAUCAAUUGAAGACAGUUGGAAAGAAGCAACUCAAGGAUUUGAUAAUGAUGUUUGUGAUGCUUGGUUUUUAAAAUUACAAGAUGCUUAUUCUGAAGAUAAAAGAAAAUAUCAUAAUUUAGAUUCAUUGAGAAAUAAAUUAUGUCAUUAUGAUGAUAUUAAAAAUCAACUUAAAAAUCCAAAAGCAUUAUUACUUGCAUUACUAUUUCAAAAUUUUUCAUAUGAUCCAAAAGCUCUUGAUGGUGAUAAUCAAAAUAUUAAUAAAUUCAAUGAAUUUGCUGAUGAAGCUAAAAUACCAGAGGAUGAUGAAUUACGUACUGAAACAUGUUCACUAUUAAAAACAGCAUUGACACAUAGUACUGAAGAGCACAAAGUUGAUGGUGCAUUUGGCAAUGAAGAUGCACAUUAUUUAUUAGAUUUGGAUAUGGCUGUUUUGGGAUCAUCACCAGACGAAUACACUGAGUAUACAGAAAAAAUACGUGGAGAAUAUUCAUUUCUCAGUGAGCCAAUUUACACAGCAUUACGAUUAAAAGUGCUGCAAAAUUUUUUACAAAUACCAAAUAUAUUUGCAACUAAGGAAUUUCGUGAAAAAUUUGAAGAACAAGCAAGAAAAAAUAUUUUAACUGAAGUUGAAAUAUUGUCUUAAAUUUAUUUUACUUAUUGUCAAAUUAUAUAUAUAUAUUUACACAUAUUGUUGAUGUAAAUUUUAUUGAUGUUUUCAAGUUGUUAUUAUUAAUAUUAUUAUUUAAUAUGAUUGUGAAUAGAAUUGUAAAAGUUGAUAAUUCAUUAAAUGAAUUUUAAAAUGGAAAGAAAAAUAUAUCAUGUGAAAAUAAUAAAUAUUAAAAAUUAAAAUUUAAUUAUUAUUGUAUUGUUUUUUUAUAUUAUUUAUAAUCAAAAUUGAUAAAUAUAAAUAUAAAACGAAAUUUUAAUGUCAGUUAAUAUUGGUAUCUUACGUGACUGCUAAAAAAAUUGAUAAAACAUGUUCAAAAUAAAAUAAAAAAAUUAUGUGUUAUAAAAAAUGAAUUAUGUGUGAUGCAUAUAGGUAUACAUAUGAAGAAUAUAAUGAUCGAUUUUUAUUAUUGCAUGCAAGUGAUGAUAAAAAAAAAACCAUUUAAAAAAUCCAAUCUUCAUUCUUGUCAAGAAAUUUCUGACAUAUUUGGUGUUGAAUUAUUCAGCUAAUAUUGAGCUUUCAUUUACAUGUUUAAAAAAAAAAUAGACAUUUGUGGUAUUUUCUAUUUUCGUCAAAGUUAUUUGGGCUAAAUUCUAUUGGGUUAAAUUACUGGCACCCUUUUCUCAUUGUUUCAUAUUAAACAUAACAGUAAGUUUAUGAAAAAAUAUAGAUAAAGUGCUCGUGACUCACGAAGGUAUUGCAAAAAUAUAUCAAAAAUUUUUUGCAAUAAUAAAUUUAACAUCAUGGCUAUCAGUUUAUGGAAAUGUGUAAGAAUUAAAUGUGUUUUUUUUUUUGAUAAUAUAAAUUAUUUUAUACAUUUAAAAUUAA